AUGGCGAACUACGUCCCACCACCAUACUCCGGCCAGCCACGACGAUACCCUGGGCCAGUCAGCGCCGUCGCACCUCAGGCGGCUCUAGCCAACCACGACUACGCGUUUCGCAUUCGCAUUGACACGUCCACAACUGUCCGCCAGGUCAACAAUAUCGUCGAUAUUGCUGGGUCGGCAGCCGAGCAGGCCGGUGCCAUCGCCGAAGCUGUGACUGCAGAAUGUGGCAUUCCCAUGAUCGACGGAAAUGGCCAUCCACGGCCCAUUGAUGUCGAGAUAUCCGCAUGCCUCACUGUAGACGGGAGCGGCAACUUCGUGGGCGAUGACAAAAGUCUCGCCGGUGUUGUGCAACAGCAGUAG